UGACAAAUACAGUGAUCCGAAGUGUAGUUAAGUGUACAUGAUAUAUCCAUAAUGAUCAUGGAAUGAAUGCGGGUGUAUCUUUGCGAUUUAAUUUUGAAAUGACGGGUUAACUAACCGUAAGAACAUGCACUGCUAAAAGGCUAAAUCCAACAAAUUUGUAUGAUAUUAGAUGUAUAUCGCAAGUUGUAGUUACUAUUAUGUUUAUUGGACAUGGAUCCGAGACACAAGGAAGUCAUUAGGAAGCAUCGUUUGUAUCUCUCUGAACAAAUUUUAAUUGACGAUACAAUUGUUCAGUAUCUUUACCAGGAAGAUAUUUUAACCGAAAGUCAGGUGGAAGAAAUUCAGUCUCAUGUAACGAACAAAAAGAAGACACUGAAGCUGCUGGAUAUCCUCCCCACCCGGGGUCCGCUGGCCUUUGAGGCGUUUCUGAAGUCCUUGGAGGAGGAGUUCUGGUGGGUAAAGGAAAAGUUAGAGCAGAAAGCGGAGGAUCCGAAAGAUCGGGCAGUGAACGAGCAAGCCUUAGCAGAACAGUGUGCUAUUCCUGAGCCAACAUUGCAGAAGGUUCCGACGGACCAGGAUCUGAACCGGCUGGCGGGCCGGCUCGGGCUGGAGUGGGAAUCGGUGGUGCUGGACCUGGGCCUGCCCCUGUGGGAGGUGCAGAGGUGCCGGGCAAGCCACCCGCUCAGCCUACACGGCCAGGCGUUGGCAGGCCUGGUGCGCUGGAGACAGCGCUCGGGUCGCAAGGCCACGGUACAGCGCCUCCUUCAGGCUCUGCAGGCGGCUGACAUCCACCCCUCCACCCUGGAGGAUGUAUUCCAGUGACAGGCCAAUUUUUUACAGACAUACAGUGACAAUGUUUUGUUGCCCUUGUUAUAAUUCCACCACUGUCAGUCAGAUUUGACAUUUUACCAAACAGAUGUUUUAAAACAUGCAAAUGGACACUUCUUGUAUGGGAAUUUGAGCCUGUUGUGUUGGAAAUCUUUAAACCAGCUGCUACACUAAGGAGACCAACCAGUGACUGAAUAGAACAGGUCAGUUUACCAGGACACUGGCAUUCUUUUGGCUGGGACCAACAUCAGGCUUAUUUGUGGCUUUGUAGGACUUACCACUCAGUCAACAUUCCAGUUUGCAGCACUGAUGAUUCCCUGUGAAUCGCACAGCCAAGGGGUAAGAGCCAGCCAAUUGGGGGGGCAGAAGGGGCACCAUCACUGGUGUGAGUCUAACAGACAUUCCCCCAGUCCUGCACUUCAAACACCAGCACAUCUAAAUUGCCUGUAAACGUGACAAUGCCGGGUUCAUUCCUGGAAUGUAUACAUCCAUCCGCGCCCCAUUAAAGAUAACCUGGGCUAUUAUCUUGUGGCACGUUAAUAUCCUCCCUUCUGUUGUUGACCUAUAACUCAACUGUAUACGGUCCUUCGAUACGGAGCAAAUGAAGCGAUUUCCAAGAAGUAAUAGCGAAUAAACAUGUCCCAGUAAAAUCCCGCAUUGGUCUGGGCGUCUUUGUUCUCCAAACAAGGUCACGGCAGUGAGGGUAUCAUUGGACAUGCCUGUCACAUGAUCACGUUCUGUGCCGGGCGUUCUUUUGAUUUCUCAUGACCUUCUUUUUCACUGAGUCGCGUCUCCCCUGUGGGCUUUUGCUGUCUACAUCACUUUGAGCAGCAGCUUUCAACUCAUGGCAGACUCAAGAGCGCCCCCUGUUGGUGGGGGUUGCGGAUUUCGCACGUGACUACAUAUAACCUGUCAUUCCAUAAAAAUAAAAAUCGGGAACAGCAAA